AUGAUAAUUUGGGAAACAGAAACUAAAAAUGGAGAAUAUGCAAAUGAUGCUUAAUUGUCAUUACAUUAUGUCUAAGAAUUAUAGAAUUUAGAAUAUUGUUUAAUUUAAAAGUAUUUUAAGAUUCCAACUCCAUAGAUAGUUGAAGAUGCUACAAAAGAACUUCUUAAUAUUGAGAUAAUUGAAUAAUAUUAACCUUAAAGAGUAAAUGAAGUCUAGAUGAAUUCAUCUUUAUCUGAUGUGGAUUGCAACUAAUUUUAGUCUUAAAUAGUAUUAGAAGAGGAACCAGAGUUGAUUAAUAAAAAUGAUUAUUUGUAAUUAUUAGAAUUAGUAACUAAGAAUACUGGAAUAAUAUUUUGGUCAGCAAUUCAUUAUUAUCAAUUGCCACUAUUAGAACCAGAUAAUAUUUAUUUUAAAGAGACUGCAGAAAAUAAAAAUAUCAUAUUAUAAAGUGAUUGGGAGAUCUUAGAAAAUGGUGGUUUGAGAUUUAUAAAUAAAAAGAAACUUGAAAUUUAAAAAGAAGUUAUAACAUUUAUGUUAAGGAAAUUAGGAUCUAAUUUACUUAUGGGUAAAUCUUUAAUUAGUAUCUCAUUGCCAGUUAACAUUUUUGAAAAAAGAUCUAAUCUUGAAAGAGCUUGUUAUAGUUUAGGCUAUAUUUGGUUAUUAGAGAAGGCAGGAGAAUUAUAAGAUCCACUUGAAUAAAUGAAAUUGGUGGCAUAAUUUUCUCUUGCUUAUAAUAUAAUGUUUUUAAAUAUGGAGAAACCAUACAAUCCUAUAUUAGGAGUAAUCUUUUAAGGAACCAUGAAUGGAAAUCUAUUGUAUUGUGAAUAGAUUUCUCAUCAUCCACCAGUAUUAGGUUUGUAUAUUCUUGGAAGAAACUUUAAAUUAACUGGUCAUUUGGAAUCUUAAGCAAUUUUUAGUGCAAAUUCAAUUACAGGAUAAAAUUAUGUUUAUUUGUAAGUUACAUUUACAAAUAAAACUACAAUUAUAUUCAAUGUAAUGCCAAGAGUUAUUUAAGGGAUGACCAUAGGACAUAGAUAAUUUUAUUAUAAUGGUUUUGGAUGGUUGGUUGAUUUGGAGAAUAAGCUUUUCUGUGAUAUUGUAGUUACUGCUUUUCCAGGAAUGUUUAGUAAAAAAGUUACACCUUAAGAUUAUAUGGAAGGAUACUUUAUAAAGGGAUAAGUUAAAGAAGUAAUCUAUUUUUGA